AUGGUCAUAAUGAUCCUAUUCAAACUUGUUUUAAUUCUCUCCUUCUUAGGAAGUCCAAUCAAAGGAUCCAUCGGAAAACCAAAGUCGGACCACCUCACCACUGAAAAGUCACCGAUCGUCCACACUAAUCUCGAGCAUUUUCUGUACAUGGUCGAAAAUUCGGAAAUCAGUAUGGAUCAAAAGGACGUCGAAGUGCUCAAAGCCAUGGUUUCAACUCCGCCAACUCCAAAGCAUCGGGAAUUGCUUACUCAGUACCUGAUCUUUGUCACUGUCAUCGUCACUGUCGUCGUCGUUUUCCUCUACACCAAACGUCUUCUUCAGGAAAUCCGUCUUCUCAAAGUCAAUCGCAAGCAAAACACCAAGCUCAGCGAACUUCCAUUCCUCCGCUGGUUCAAGAGACAACGCAAUGACAAUUUGGACUCCGGAAUGAAUGUCGCCUAUGUCAACUCCAUCUACCAAGACGUUUAA